UACGAGUACAUCUUGUCGCGCUUCUCUUUCCUUUUUUUCUGAUGAUUUAGGUUGAGCGGGAAUCAUCAUACACGUUUCAAAUCUUAGGGUUUUAUUUAACAGCGACUCGAUUAGUACUGAGUUCGUGCCUUGGUUCAUCGCCUUGUGAAGCAGAAGAGUAUCUCUCGGCUAUUAUCAUCAAAAUCCAUCAUCGUUUUAUUUUUCUUCUUUGGUGUGUUUAUUUAAAUGGCGACUCCUAUUCGAUUGCAGUUAUAGUAACUGCAGAUUGGACAAUUACUUUGUGUAUUCCUGAGUCUUGGGUUACGUAUGUUGUAGUCUUGAAUUUUGGAUACAAACAAGCUGAAAGAGCUCGACGAUCCAACGAACAAAUCAGAGAAAUUAACCAGUAUGGAUUCGGGUGAUUGGAGAGGGAACAUUCCGCUUGAAUUGCGGCAAAACGUUCUCGAGGCAGUAGUGGAAAAGCUGAAGCAACGUCUUCCUUCUUGCACUCCAAAGGACGAGGCUUAUCUCAGGAAAGUUGCUGUUAGUUUUGAGGCCAAGACCUUCAAUAAUGCAACAGAUCAGGCUGAUUAUGUGCAUAAGAGCGCUUCGAGGAUUAUUGACGUGUGGAACAAAACUAAAUACGCUCAGUCGGGCAAUCCUCAACAGCAACAGCAGCAGCAACAUACCCGAAGUUCAGCACGACCUAAUCAGAAGCGAGUGCCUCAGCAGACAUCAUCUGUUCAAUCUGGUCAAUGGAUGACUGGUUCAGAAAUGCAGCAUAAUCAUUUAACAGGGAUGCAUCGGCAACAGCAUCAGCAACAGCAGCAGCAGCAGCAACCAGCAAAUUUAUGUCUAAAGAUGCCAAGUAACCAGCAUGCUGCUAAUUCAUUCCAAUGUCCAAAUUUUCAGCAUCCACCGAUACUGCGUCAGGGGAUGAUGGUUUGGCCACAACAGCAGCAGCAACAAUGGUUUCAAGGAGCGGGUCCUGUGCUCCAGACCCAGAACGUAACGGACCAACAGAUGCAGAUAUAUCAAUCUCAAGGAGCUCCUGUUUAUUCAUCCAGUAUGUUUAUUUUUCAUGCAUGUUUCAUAUCUUAUCAAUCUUUGGUGAUUUCAACUCAAGUAAUGCUUUAUGGUUAUGUGACUUUAUUUCUUUUGGUAGCACCUCAAGAUUACACAGGCAAGACCAGAAGUGAUGAUUGGCUGGAGGAGACUUAUCAGAAGAUAAAUGCCUUGAAGGAAAUGUAUUUACCUGCUGUCACUGCAGUGCGCCAAAGAUUGCAGCUGAUUGAAUCUCGUCCGCGACAGCAAAUGCAUGAUCCUAAGAUCGAAAGAGUGAGGACCGACAAGAUGAUGUUGGAUCGAAUUAUAGCCUUUUUAACUGUUCCUAGAAACGGUGUCUCGGAGAUGCACAUGGAGAAGUUCAGUUAUUACGAGAAUAAAAUCUUGAAUUUCGUCAAGAAUCUGAGGCAGCAAGAACCACUUUGGCAGCAGAUGCUGAGACAGCAGCAGCAACAGAAUGUGAAAAACCAACUGCAAGAACAACUUCAGUGGCAGAACCUGAGACAGCAGCAGCAACAGCAAGAGCCACUUUGGCAGCAGAUGCUGAGACAGCAGCAGCAACAGAAUGUGAAUAACCAACUGCAAGGACAACUUCAGUGGCAGAACCUGAGACAGCAACAGCAACAGCAAGAACCACUUAGGCAGCAGAUGCUGAGACAGCGGCGGCAACAGAAUGUGGAGAACCAACUGCACGAACAACUUCAGCAGCAGCAACAGCAAGAACAACUUCAGCAGCAGAAUCUGAGACAGCAGCAGGAACAGAAAGAACCACUUUGCUGGCAAGUUCUGAGACAGCGGCAGAAACAGAAUGUGAAGUACCAACUGCAAGAUCAACUUCAGCAGCGCCUGAUUCAGCAACAUGUGAUGCAGACAGAGCAGAGGAUCCGGCAGCUUCAAAUGCCAUCCCCUCAUCAGGAAAACAGCACGAGUGAUCUGAUGAUGAGGCAAGGGAUGAAUAUUCAGUCAACACCAGUCAUGGCCCAGUUGACUGCAUCUCCCCAACUGCCCCAUCGUUCAUCUCCUGUUGUUGUUCCAUCUCCUAUAGCUCCGAAUCCUGGAAACGCUAUAUCUAUUACUUCCUGUUCUAGUUUGCGAUCCUCACUUGAAUCUGUUCACGUUGGCACUGAUGCAAAUGUUCCUGCAGCUAUUCCUCCCGAUCCAAGUGGAGAACGGCCUAUCGAACAUCUGAUUAAAGUGUUUCAAUCAUCAUCACCAAAAUCCUUGCAAGAAUCUGUUAGAGAGAUGAGCUCGGUCAUCAGUCUGGCGGACAGGAUUGCGAUAUCAGCCCCAGGUGAUGGGUCUAGAGCUGUCGUUGGUGAGGAUUUGGUUGAGAUGACAACGUGCCACUUGCCAGCCAAAAAUGUUACGGCAAGUGAAGGAACAAACUCGAAGAAGAAAAUGAAGCGGUCUCUAAGACUGCCGCCUUUAGAUAUUGCUCCAUCAAUUGGCAAUACAAGAGGUCCAGAAUCUGAAGUGGAAUCCACGGCUUCAUCUUGCGCGAAAAGAAGGAAGAUUGAGCCUGAACCUGUCCUCCUGCGAGAAAUUAGAGAAAUAAACCAGAGAAUGAUAGAUACAGUGGUAGAUGUAUGCGAUGUUAGUCGUGAAACUUCCGCCGAACAACCUCGUGGUGGAGGAGGAACUGUUGUCACGUGUUCUUACAGUGCAGUGGCUCUCAGUUCAGCAUUCAAAGCUCAUUACAAUUCUCGACAGAUAUCUCAGAUUCAGCCAUUGCAUUUGCUAAUUCCUGAAGAUUACCCAGAUAGUUCCCCUUUACUUCUGGACAAGUUCCCCACUGAAACCAGUAAGGACUGUGAGGAUCUAUCAGCGGAAACCAGUUCGAGAUUCAGGUUAUCCCUAAAGUCACUUUCGGAACCAAUGUCUCUUACAGAUAUAGUAAGAACGUGGGACACUUGUGUCCAUGCCGCCAUGGCUGAGUAUGCAGAGAGCCGAGGAGGAGGUAACUUCAGCUCCAAGUUUGGUUCAUGGGAGAAAUGUCUAAAAGGCUCUUCAUGAGACAAACCGAUUCAGACAUCUU